AUGGGCAAAUUGGUGGGACAUGUGGGACAUGGAUUUGGCUUCUUUCUAGUUGGGCUCUGGCAUUUACUUAACCAUGUCAGACUUCACUGUCUCCAUCCAAGAUCCUACACAUCUUUGCCAUGGUUUUCAACUUCAACAAUCAGGUAUUUGGAACUUUUCUUCAUCAUGGGAGGCUGCAUUGCCUCAAUAUCCAUGGAACUCUUCAUUGGUCCAAAAAGGCACCAACCAUUGGACCCGGAUGGCACUAUUCCAUCAAACCAUAUUCACAGCUUUGAGCACUCAAAUAUAUCCUUGACUUUCUUUAUCUAUGCACUUCUCUGCAUUAUCCUAGACAAAAUUCAGUCUCCAGCUCAAUAUGGCCUUUCGCAAAUGCUUGGAGCCGUUUCCUUUGGCCAGCAGUUUGUCCUAUUUAAUCUCCACUCUGCUGAUCACAUUGGUCUGGAAGGCCAAUAUCACUGGCUUCUCCAACUUGUCAUACUUGUCUCAUUUCUCACUACCCUCUUAUGCAUAGUUUACCCCAGUUGUUUCUUGAAUGGUUUCAUAAGGUCUCUUAGAAUCUUUUUCCAAGGAGUUUGGUUUAUGGCCAUGGGAAUCAUGCUGUGGACACCAGAAUGUAUUCCCAAAGGCUGUUUUCUGAAGUGGGAAGAUGGUCAUGAAGUUGUCAGAUGCCAUGAUCAUGAAGCCCUUGAAAGAGCCAAAUCAUUAGUGAACCUUUUUUUCAGCUGGUACUUAGUUGGAGUUACAGUUUUUGGUAUGUGUCUUUACUUGGGACUGUACAAAGUGUUCCCUGAAAAUGAUGAGCAGCAAUCUUUAACGAAAUUUGAGGAUCAAGAACAGGAACCAGUGCUGGAUAAUGAAGAUAUUGAGGCUCAGAAAAGAACAACCUUGGAAGGAAAACAGUUUGUGGUGUGA